AGACCAAGACAAAGGCCGUGUCUUGCACAGAAUCACAGAUACAGAGUCUAUCAUCAUUUUAAGGUUCGAAAGUAAUCAAUUAUCAGAGUCUCUUCUUCUCUAUUGGCUUUUGAAUCUCUCUUUUGGAGGAUCUGAAGAAGGGAAAUGCAUCUGAUUAAUGCGGUGGCUGCGGCGAGGAUGUUGUCCGGAUUCGGACAAUCUAACGGCACCAACGGAGGCGAAUCGAUCCCGUUUGGAUCACCGUGGUGGUUCAUCUACGCCGGCGUUUCUUGUUUUCUCGUUCUCUUCGCCGGAAUUAUGUCUGGUCUCACUUUGGGGCUUAUGUCUCUCGGUCUCGUCGAGCUUGAGAUUCUCCAACGCAGUGGCACUCCUAACGAGAAGAAACAAGCCUCUGCGAUUUUCCCGGUUGUUCAGAAACAGCAUCAGCUUUUAGUGACACUGCUUCUCUGCAAUGCUGUUGCAAUGGAGGGUCUUCCUAUAUACUUGGAUAAGUUAUUCAAUGAAUACGUUGCUAUUAUUCUUUCGGUCACUUUCGUUCUUGCUUUUGGUGAGGUUAUUCCUCAAGCGAUAUGCACGAGGUAUGGACUCGCCGUUGGAGCGAAUUUCGUCUGGCUUGUCCGCAUUUUGAUGAUUCUCUGCUACCCGAUUGCAUUUCCUAUCGGCAAGGUCUUGGAUUUGGUGUUGGGACAUAAUGACGCUUUGUUUAGACGGGCUCAGUUGAAAGCUCUUGUAUCCAUUCACAGCCAAGAGGCUGGCAAGGGAGGUGAACUUACGCACGAUGAGACCACAAUCAUAAGCGGAGCACUUGAUUUGACCGAGAAGACUGCACAGGAAGCCAUGACGCCGAUUGAAUCGACCUUCUCCUUGGAUGUAAAUUCAAAGCUGGAUUGGGAAGCUAUGGGUAAGAUUCUUGCACGAGGCCAUAGCCGUGUCCCUGUCUACUCUGGAAAUCCAAAAAAUGUUAUCGGUCUUCUCCUGGUAAAGAGUCUACUUACUGUUCGCCCUGAGACAGAGACCCUUGUCAGUGCAGUUUGUAUACGGAGAAUUCCAAGGGUUCCAGCUGAUAUGCCACUGUAUGAUAUACUGAAUGAGUUUCAAAAAGGAAGCAGUCACAUGGCUGCAGUUGUCAAGGUCAAGGGUAAAAACAAAGUUCCUCCUUCAACACUGCUCGAAGAAAACACUGAAGAAAGCAAUGCCUCGGAUUUGACUGCGCCUCUGUUGCUAAAACGAGAAGGAAACCACGACAAUGUCGUUGUCCAAAUCGACAAGGCUAAUAGACAAUUGAUGUUUCAAAGCAACGAGGCUGUGCCACACGGGUUCUCGCAUACUUCAGAAGAUAUAGAGGAUGGGGAAGUCAUAGGUAUCAUCACUUUGGAAGAUGUGUUUGAAGAGCUUUUGCAGGAAGAGAUUGUUGAUGAAACAGAUGAAUAUGUUGACGUACAUAAAAGGAUUCGAGUAGCUGCAGCAGCGGCUGCUUCAUCAAUAGCUAGAGCUCCUUCAAGCCGGAGGUUGAUUGCACAAAAGGGAGCUGGAGGACAGAAUAAGCAACCACAGACGAUGAAAGGUUCUGGUCAGGAACAGGAUAAAUUUCUUGGAACUAUAACCGAGCCUAGUCGAGGAAACAAAUGAUGCUAAGAAUCGUUCUUGUGUUCUUGCUUGAGGAGCCAAAAACUCUGUUACGGUAUAUGAAAGGAACAGAGAAUAAAUUUAAAAGAUCCAUUUGGGUAACACUCAUACUAUCCAUCUUAUUAUCAUACAUAUACAUAAAUCAGCAAAAAGCAAACGGUUCGUCCCAAAUUUUGAAGAUGUUUUGUCUACUGAGAUGUAUGUGUACGUUUUUGUAAUUUAUUCAAUAACUUAAUUCUUUUUUUGUU